AGCGAAUUUUGUUGUUAAAUUGCUGAAUAACAGAGGAAGAAGAAGUAGCAUCCACUUCAAUUUCUUAUAAAUGAUAAUUAAAUUACAAUUCUGAUCGAACGUCUGCCUUUAAAUAAAAUAAAUGUGUUGCUGCAAGACUACAGAGUAUUCGGACUGUGACGUGGAAUAUUAAUGGGUACACAAACAGGCCAAAUUCAAGGUCGUUGUUGCAGUCCGUUGACUAAAUUAAGUGCCUAAUAUAAUCGAUUUAGCCAACAUGGCCUGUGAAGGACAUCGGAAUUCAAGUGAAUGUCGUCUAUCAACUGAUUCGCAACAGUUCAAUCAAAGUUCAAAAAUGACUUGUCUUCUGAGAAGUUUGGAUUCAGGCUUUCACACGGCGUGUUCUGAUGCCAGUGAUUGUAGCUUAAUGUCAAUGGAAGAACGUGAAGGAUCUUUAGCAUUAGCUUUACACGAUGUGCAUAAAUUGCACAGCGAACUGGAGCGUUUGAAUAAGUCUGAACAAUGGUAUAAGCAGGAAUUAAGGCAUCAAAAGCUGGCACGUUUAACGGAUUUAAAAGGAAUUUAUACUAGGGAAAGCAAAUAUUUGCAAGAAAAUCAUAAAUUGCAGCAAGAAUGCGUGAGAUUGUACGACAAGUGUCAUGCUCUAGAGACUGAACUGGAAAAUGACCAUUUAAAAGAUUCCCGAAGAAAAGUUAAGUUUGAAACUAAUAAAGAUCUUGACUCAAAGGGAAAAUCACACAAUUUUGAAAUUGAUCAGCAGCAGAUUGUAAUAAAAGACCAGGAACAUUUGAUUAAUGUUUUAAGAAAACAAAAGCAAGGAUUACUGGACGAUUUAAGAUUACUGUCGGAAGAUAAAGAUGCAAAAGUAUUGGAAUUGCAAAGAUUGCUGGUCGGUAUGGAGACCGACAGUAGCAAUAUUGCCAACAAAUGUAAAAUUUAUGCAGAAGCACAAGAGCAAUUGCAAUUUAAUUUGCAACAACAAAGCGAUGAACUCCUGGAGUUUAAAGAGCAGAAUACUAAUUUGCGACGGAACUUUGAAGACUUAAAAUAUCAAUUGAAGAUGCAAAAAGAUUUAGUGAAAAGCAAAGAACAAAAAAUGGGAGAGUUACAACAAAAUUUCCGAAUGAAUAUGGAGCAUGAACUGGAUGUGAAUGAAAUCCAUAAAUUAAGUAUUUCAUGGCAUGAACAAAUCAAAGCAAAAACAUCCGAGAUCAUAGAACUCAAAAGUAAAGUUAAUGAACUGGAAGAAGAAAUUAAUGCCCUUACCGAUCCGCAAAUGCAAAACGAGGAACAGCAAAGAACGAUUGAGGAAAUAAGCCACUCAUUGCAAACUUGUCUGUGCGAAUUGAAUAAUCUAAAAGACACCGAAGUAAUUAAGGAUCAACAACUGCAAGAUAUGCAAACAAAUGCGGAGCGUUUAAAAGCCGAAAAAGAGGAAACUCACGAAAAAUUGUCAAGAGCACAACAUGAAGUGGCAAAGCUCAAUGCAGAACUUCGAUGCAGCAGAGACAAAUACGAUAUAGUCGAAAAGCUCUGUGAACGGACCCGUUUCGAAUUGCAGUUGCUAGAAUUAGAACAAAAUAAACUAAAAUUUAGAUCUGCCCAAGAUCAAGAAGACAUUUUAGUAUUAAGAGAUAAAUUAAAACUGUAUGUGGAGCAAACUUUACAAUUAAGUGAAAGAAUCAUAACACUUGAGCAACAACUAGAAGUAGUUUUGACCGAAAACUCUUUCUUAAAAGGACGUCGUAAUGAUAUUCGAAAGGAAUUUAAAGAAGAAAGUCAAAAUGAACAUAGAACAGAAAAUCUCCUCCACUAUCUGUCAGAUGCACAUGAAAAGUUGCAAAAUUGCAUCAAACACAAUGAAACUUUACCAUUGGAAGUACUUCAAUCAAGUCAAAACUUAUAUAAAGUUCCAAGAAGAAACUCUGGGGAGUCACAUGAACUGAAUUUUGAGAAAUUAGUCAAUGAAAACGAAAAUCUCCGAAGAAAACUUUUUGAAAUCACAAUAAAAACAAAAGAAUUUGAGUUGAAAGAAGAAAUCAAGGAGAAAUUAUUAAAAUGCAAAGAUUUUGAAGAAAUUCUUAUUAAACAUCGGGGAGACAUAAAUAAAUUGCGUACACAAUUACUAAUCAGUGAUAGUAGAAUUUAUAAAAUACAGCGUACAGUUAACGAGUUGGGGACGAGUUUUGACCUGAAUAUUCUAGAGAUGGACAGAACUCAACUUAAAAGAGCAUUACAAAUUGAAAUUCAAUUAAAGACUGAAAUCGAAGAACAAUUAACGAGCGAACGUAAUUCGAUAGAGGAAUUGCAAGAAUCCUUGAAAAUGUUAAAUGAACAUCGCUCACCCAAGCAAAGCAAGGCUGUGCAAACUGACACCAUGAUUGUAAACGAAUCGAAUGAAAUAAACGAAAACAAUGAAGUUAACGAACUGAGAGAAAAAGUAUUAAAAUUGGAGUUCAAGUUUGGAAGACUCGUUGAGGGGGACGCACAAAAGAGGGAAGGACGCAUACAAGUGCUAAAUAAAUUGAUGAAUUUGCAAGAUGUAAAAAUGUCAAACAUACAACAAAAUCAAAAGGACUGGGAAGAGGUGCUAGCGUCCUUACAAACAGCGCAAAUUAUGGAAGAACAUACAAAACAUGAAUUAGAGCUAAAGAGCAUGGAGUUGGAACAUCUCAAUGAAGUCUUUGCGCAACAGAAUGAAGAGCUAAGAAAAUUGGAAGACUUUGCUGCCGCUCUCGAAUAUAAAAGACAACAGGAAAACAAAACACUCAAAGAAGCAUUCCAACAGGAAAUUAGUGUGAUGCAACAGCAAAUAAAUGAUUGCCAACAUGAAACGGAAAGACAAAGAGAACUUAAUGCAACUUUAACGGCAUUUAACGAACGCUUGCGUAGUAGUUUAAGCGAAGAUUACUCUAUUGAGUUAAAUGAUUACAAAAACGAAAUAUUUACGCUUAAGGUUCAAAUAUCUAAAACUAUAGAGGAAAAGCAAGACCUCAGUGAACGCUUUAAAGAAGUGGAACUGGAAUUAAAGCAACUAAAGGAUGCUAAACGACUCGCUCUAAUCAUGCCGGAAAUGGAAUAUGACUACGAAUCGUUAGAUAAUGCUAGGGAAAUGGCCGUCGAUAAAAGCGGCGUGAGUGAAGACCAUUUACGUAUACUAACAAAAGUUCUGGAAUCAGAGUAUGAGCGUAAGAUGCAACGGUAUGACCACCACAUUCAUUCGCUGCUAAGUAACGUGAAAUCCUUGAAGCACUCGCUUAAAAUACAGGAGCAAGAGGCAAUUUUUUUAAAAUUCGAGCAAUCCCGGACAGCUGAGGAAUUAUGUGAAAUGCAAAAAAAUCAACAUACAUUGGAUGAAAUGCGUUUAAAAUAUGAACAAAGUCAACAGACGAUUAAAGAACUUAAAGUUGCUUUGGAAUGGGAAAGAAAAAAAUUCGAGUCUUCCGAUAUAGGAAAAUCUGUUCUAUUCGAAGAACCUGUUCACGAAGUGGCAAAUUUGAUUGAUGAUUACAAAAAGUUAAUCCAACAAUCAGCGGCAUGUAGUAAGCGGCCUAAAACAAGUACGGUGUUAGAUUUGAUAGCACGCAGUAAUCAGUAUGUUCCAAGUCUACAUAAAUUGGAAGCAAAUUUUGAGGAAUUACGCCGUGACUUGAAGCAACUCUUAAGUCUUCAUAAUAACCAACAUUAUAUGUCUAAUGUCACCGCAGUUAAUGUUGACUCAUUACAUGUCCCCCCUUCUCUAAUGGAUGAACUAAAAGCCGUUUCUCAUGAGCUUUAAGCAACAAAUUUAUAAACUUUUUAACCUUUGCUGCUUUCGUGUAAGCAGUGGACAUAGAGGAAGUCCUUGACAUCUAGGAUUAGUUUAUCUAAACGUUGUAAAGUUUUCAACUGUGCACAUGUUUUCACAUGUAACGUCUAAUGUCCCAGCCAUUAACAAACUUAAAUUGAAAAUAUCUUUGGCUAGCUUAUCAGCUAAUUUUCUUAGCAGUACAGUUAAAGAGGUUGUAACGAAAGGUUAUUUUUCUUGCUCUGGUCCUAUUUUUAUGUAUUCUAUAAUUUUUGGUCAUAUAUGUGCCUCCUAAUUUUAUUUAUAAAAAUAUGUGUGUAUUAACACGUUUGUUUCUAAUUAUUUACUUUUUUACCAAUUUUUCUAUGUUCCGCAGUGAAACAAUUAUAGGCGAACAUAACAGAUGGAUGAAAAACGAUAUUAAAUAUCAAUCCGUUUGCCGUAAUAAAUCUUUAUGUAUACAAAGAAUUUUAUUUUCACUAAAAAUCAAAAUACUUUAUUUGAUAUUUAUGUCGGCUAAAGAGUUUUCAACUACUUGUGUAUUAUUUUGAGCUGCUUCCUUGAAGGUCUUCCACUUAUCCAACGCUACUGUACAUUUUGCAAAUUCGCUGCGAUGACCAUAGCUGGUGGAAUAGUCGGACGCAGCAUUGUCGAAACAGUUCGAAUCAAUAUCAACGUUACCUUUUUCGGGCACUUCCGCGGCCCUAAAUUAACUGGCGAUAAUUUGUUUGCUACGAUCCAUCUACCAUUUUUCAAAUUGUCUCUUGAUGACUGUCAGUUUUUGCCGAAUUCUACAACCAAUUGCAUUCGGAGCACGUAUGGUUUUAUCGUAAGCUCAAAAGCCUAUUAAAUAUAUAGCCCCGAAAUG